GCUGCAGGAGUCCUCUAAACCGCUCACGAUCGAGCACUUUCGUCUGCCAAUCCAUUAACGUGGCUUUUUUGGUGAAUGCAUCAACGCUCUAAUUCCAUCUCAGUUUUGGUCUGUCCACGUGGACGACUUAAAAGGACUUUAGGGCGCCCUUCGCGUCUUCGAAUUCGCGUCUAAUUCAUGGUGUGAACCACUAGUUUCAAAUAUUUCUCAGAUCAGUACGAGAUCGUGUUGCGAUGAUUUGCAAGUACUUAUUUUUCCGUUUCCAUGACUUAUAGGUGCCACUAAAUACCCUUUUUACCCAUCCUUUAUUUGUAUUUAUUAGGGUAAAAUUUUUUUACUGAUUCAAGGUUAAAGAAAAUAGUUAUUAGUAAAAACAAGAACAAAAUUCUUGAAUAUUUACAUCACUAAAUAACUAAAAAAAUAUUCUAGUUUCUUUUUUAUAACGCAAAUUAGACUUGAGCUGGAUUUAAAAAAUAUAAAGUUUUGAGAAGAAUUUUUCAUUUCAAUGUUUGUUUUAUUGCUGUACUUGUUAUCGACAAGUUUCUUUAUUGGUGAUAUGUCAUUGAGCACUAUUUGUUUUUUUUUCCAAUUUUUAUUUACAAAGUAAUCAGUUAGGGAACUAGCAAUCACACCAUUCUACUCCAUUGGAUGUUGAUGACGGUUUGCUCGUGCUACAUUUUUUUUGCCAUCGAUCGGCUUGACAAAAACGAUUUCAUAUGAACAAAGCGCAUUUAUAUUGAUCGUUGCUCAGGGGUUAGAAAACUAUAAUUUUUUUUAUUGUGCGGAAGGAAGCCCUGGAGAAUUGUACUAGUUGACACAUAUUUAUCAAGUAAAUAAAUUGAUUUAUAACCUAAAUACAAUACAACCGUUAACUUUAUCAUGCUUCGAAGCUGUUGGAUGGUUUUAAGUAUAUUAUAAAGACUAAAAAAAACUUUUAAAAUUUAAAUUAAAAAAAAAUGAACUCUAAAAAAUAAUUCAAUUGCUUUUAGGUGACGUCGUGAUUUUAGCAAAUAAACAUUAAUAACUUAUUUAUCUAACUUCAAGAAAAAUUAAGAACGAAACAAAAAGAAAGACAUAGAACAAUUAUGGCAAUAAACAACAAACCAUAAUUCUUAAACAAACAAGCUAGACAAAACAUAAGCUCUCUACAUUCUGAAUAAUUUCUACAUUUUAUGUAUUGAUAGUAACAAACCGCUCUUGAGCGAAAUGUAAAAACAAAAUGGAAGCAUUAUUAUAUUUGUAUGUAAGCACUGAGCUUUGUUGCAUGGCUUUACUCAUGGCAUGGCAUCAAUAAAAGUGGAUUUUUGGUUCAAGAAAGUCUUCAUUCAUUAUAUUACAAUUGAUAGCUAAUGAAUGUACCGAUUGAUAGCAAUUUAUUGUACAAAAAUUAAAACAAGAAUCAAAAACUAAAAAGUUUGAGCGGUUUCAUUUUGUCGAACCCUGGUUUCGUCCUCAACAGGAUCUAUUAAUCGGUAUUAUUAGCACUCCACAAUUGAUAAAACCAUAGAAAACCACACAGAAAGGUUUCUCAUUUUACUUCCGCAGCAGUUCAUAUUUAUACUGCAAUGGAUACAUUUUAUUGUAGUCUUUCGUUAAUAUAAGUUAUGAUUGUAGAUUGUAGACCAUUCUCCUGAGAAUGAAAAAAAUUGUUAUGAUUACGACAGAAUACAUGAAAAGGUUGUAAAUGACGCUUUAAGGAUCAUUGUGUUUAAAGUAUGAAUAAUAGGGAAAUAUUUCCAAAACUGAGUCAUACAAGGAAUCGUCAUUCAAAAUUGCUAUAAGCGCAAAUUACUUUUGUGCUUCGUGAGUUGUGUGAAAGAUAUUGGUGUUUAUUGAACUUGUAGGAUGAGGUAUUGCAAGUGUAUUUAAUGGAAAAAAUGUAUGUACACAGUUUAACGCUAUGGCGUUAGUGCUGUUUUACCAUAGUCAUUUACAUGAGAGUUUUGAAAAUAGCAAUACUAAUCAUCAACAUUUGCAGCUAUCAAUGUAAUGGUCCGAGGCCAUUGCAUACCAUAUCCAAUUAAAUUUUCUGACACAAUGAACUUGACAUAUUGUUUGUGCAUACGUUGUACAGAAAAGCUCCUCAUUGAAAGUAUUUGAAGAAAAAAAAAACAUUGAACAUGUGUUCCCCAAUUGCUAGCCGAACGGAUAUGCCAACGGAUAUGAGUGUAUAGUAAUUGAGUGUAAUAAAAGUUGCAUGAGUGUUGUCGUCCCUAAUGGUCAAAACUCACUAAUUGGCAAGCAUUUAAAAAAGGAGUUACCAAUGAAGAUACAAUCAUUAGUAAUCUGGUAGUAGUAAACCUUUUUCAACAAUUUUGUGAAUUGUGAUGGAGUGCAGCAAUAGGAAGGGACAGUUUCCUCUGAUAGAUCUUACUAUAAGAGGGCUCAAAAAGAUUCGUUUUUGGAACGAAACACCUGGACAAUCGUUUCCGACUAUUGGUUGGAUCAUUGUUAUAACCUAUCCAAUUGCUUGGCUUGUUCCGAGUUGGCUGUUUAUAGUGUCCUCGCAGAACGACCUAACCCGUUUGAUGAAGGCAGUCAAUGAACAGAUUGUGUUCUUUGCUAUCUUUUUCAAGUUGUGUGCUUUUGCUUUGAAUUUUCGUCGUUGGGAACAAUUGUUUUACGAUCUACAACGUGCGUACACCACCGUUAUGGUUAAUCCGAACAUGGAUGUGCAACGGAUUAUAGGACAUGUGGAAAAAUCGUCAUACUAUCUAACCAAAUGGUAUGGUUCCGUGUUGAACUUUAACUGUGCUUUGUACGGAUCAUUGCCAAUGCUGUUAGUAGCGGUAAAGUAUGCUAUUACUGGAUCGUAUGAUGUACCACUUUCGACACCAAUCGAGGCAAAUUAUUUCAUCCCAGGUAUCCGUACUAACUUUUGGAUCUGGUUUCCACUUGACAUUAUGUUGAAUGUAUUGCUGCAGAUUGAUGCGAUAGCUUUAUUUUUCAUUGAAUGUUUCACGUGGAACCUUGUGCAUGCUACAUCAUGUUUGUUCAGAGUACUUCAAAUUCAAGCUAACGAACUUGCGCGUCAUAAUGAACGUGAUGAUGACUGGACUACCAAAUUUACGAGCUUUGUAACGUUACAUGAUUCCAAUUUUUUUCUUUACAGUUCUUCUCAGACAUUGGAUAAGAUUCUGAGCAUCCAGAUGUUAUUUAUUUAUUUGUCAACCGUUUUCGCAUUGUGUCUAAUGAUGACUGUGCUCUCCUUGGCUUUCAAGGAUAUGUAUCUGUUGGUUGCUAUGAGCUGCGUCAUCGGAUACUGUCUAUUUCAAACAUUUUCCUUCUCUUAUCUGGGUACCGAGCUCAUAGUGGAAAGUGGUGCCGUGGCUGAAGCUAUUUUUCACAGCACAUGGUAUGAUCACUGUGUGAACAGACAGAAAGAUCUUUUCUUUGCGCUUAUGCGAGCUAACAAACCGGUUAGAUUAACUGCCGGAAAAUUAUUUAUCGUAACACGAGACUCUUUCACAGUGGUGAUUAAACAGUCGUACACCAUCUUUACAUUGAUGUCCCAGCUUCUGGAAAAUAAUGUUAAUUGAAAUUCAAAAUGUACAUUUCACUGAGAAUGGUGAGAAUAACAUUUUCUGAUAUCAGUAGUACAUAUUAAAUGACACCUUACAAAAUCGCAAAGCAACAAAAACUUAUUGCUUAAAAUAUUAAACUAACAUCACUAAUAUUUCACGCACCUUAUGCCAAACUCUCAAAGCCAGAACUAUUCUGUAGAAAAGAGCAAACAGGCACGACAAAAAAUAAAACAAAUAAAUUGAAUGCAAAUAAAUCCGUUUUUAGUUGAAAAAAGUUUUAAUUGCAAAAAAAACGAAGCCUUUUGCAAAAUAGUGUAAACAACAUUCAUCAAGCGAAAAGGUUGUCACGGUAGCUUAAUGAAGGUCGCACUGGUGG